UGGUUUAGUUUCCAGCCAGAAACAGAGAGAACGGUUUUUCUGAGUGUCCUGAAAUUCAUCUGGUGGAGUGAAAGAAGUGCUUGCAUAUCACCAUGUUGUCUAUCCGCUCAACUACCACGGGCCCGCUGCCCAUGGUGGUAAGAUCAAUGGCUGCGGCUACCACCAAGAAGGCUGCAGCAGCAAAGAAGCCUGCGGCGAAGCCGAAGCCAGAGAAAGGUCCAACCCCACCGAAGAGAGCGCCUGGUGCUAUGGCGUUGUUUGUCAAGGAUCGUUACAACAAACCAGCCGCCGCCAGCCCAACGGACUAUCUCGCAUCGCUGGCUAAACAGUGGCGACAGACCUCGGAAGCGGAGAAAGGUCCCUACCAGAGAGCUCAUGAAGAGGCCCGAAAGAAGUGGCUGGUGGAAAUUGCCAAAUUUCGAGCGGAGAAUGCGCAGCCCGUGAGAGCAAGAUCUUCAUACAUAUAUUUUACUCAAGAGCAAAUACCUAAGCUCCGUGCCCAGAAUCCAGGUAUGGCUGUAACACAGAUUGUGAAGAGUCUUGGUUCCCAGUGGCAAGACAUGAGCGCGAGCGCAAAGGCACCCUACACUCAGCAGGCUGAGAAGGACCGUGUGCGUGCGGCCGCAGAUCUUGCUGCAUUCGAGGCCAAGCAAAGCCGCAAGUGAGCGUUCCGGUCUACAACCGACGGCCGGUUCUGCUGCCUUCCUAGAACUGUGAACUGUAGUAGCCGUUCUAAUACUCUAGGCAUGUUGCAUGGCUAUGCAUUCGCUUACCGUGUUGUGCGAUGGACGGGAGACGAAACAUCCUUAUCAGUGAUUGUACCCUUUUUGACGUGAGCUGCGUUUGAACUUUCUUGACUUGACUUAUCCUGCGUUUGUCGCACAAAGCAUUUAGGGAAGCUGCGGCGUGCUGCUGUGUUCAUGCCUCAUGCCCUGUUUGUGCGUCUCUAUUGUCUUUCGAACUUGUUUUGUGUGUGUGCUGCUGCUGCGUGUGUAUGCACCCUGUCUAUGCACUACAUGUAUUCUAGAACCUAGAAUAAUAGUACUGACUGUGGUAGUGUUACUAGUAGUAGGUGCCAUGGGUAUCAUGGAGAACUUGACAAUCUGUACUGGUGCACCGCUGACAUAGGCUGCCGUACCCCGUGAAAUGAUUAUUCCCAUCCAUUACUAAUCACGCUGCCAACCCACCACUUGUAGAAGAUAUGUUCCUCGUGUUUCACAUGCAUUGUUUCUCCUUUUCGCACCUCCAACAGAACUAGUGUGCAUGUCCGA